AUGGCAGCAUCCAACACCAGAGGUUUCCUGUCUUUCAGGUACAAAUUAGCUAAGUUUCGGGACGCGGCAGAGGAGUUAGUCUUCUCCGUGUUUCAAGCGAACAAUCUGGGCGGUCGGCAGCCGGGCACCGACCGAUGGACUCCCCUCUCCCCGAGGUUGCCGACCCGUGGGUCGCUUCAUCACUCGGGAGAAGAGCAGGAGAAGAAGAACCCUACAGCAGGCGGGAGCCACAGUAGCGGCGGUAGCAACAGCGGCGGAGUCUUGGGUGUCGUACAAGCAGCGUACCGUCGCGCACGUGAGGUGUACGACGCUCCCCUGACGCAGCACAUGUACCUGACGGGUCCCGCCAUGGCUCCAACCCUCAACUGGCGAGGCGCCAAGGACGCCGCCGCCCGGGAACGGUUGGUGGUUCGAUUACUCCGCCGCCCGGGGCCCCACAACGUGCUGGUCGGCGAUGUGGUGGCCUUUCACUCGCCACUCGCACUGCCGGAAGAUGCUACUCAUGUGAUGGUCCGGCGGGUGGCUGCGGUGGAGGGCGACGAGAUGGUUUCCACCUCCCCCACGGAGACCCCCUUCAUCAUCCCCCCCGGACACUGUUGGGUGCUGGCGGAUAAUUCCGAGUUGCGGCCCGAGGCGGGAGAGGUCAUUGACUCCCGCUCGUACGGCCACAUCCCUUUUUCGGCGGUCAUCGGGAGGGUGGUGUACGCCGCCUCGUCGCGAGCGACCCACGGGCCGAUGAUGGUUCACCAAGUCCAAUUAGCGGUAAUGAUCUUUUUCCAGUUAAUGAAUCGGUACUAA